AUGGACGAUCAACAACAACAUCACACAACCACUGCAGUUGAAGUCGUCCAGGCCCUACCAUCAUCGGAGGACUCCAAGCCAUCACCACUGAACCUCGACAUGGCCAUUCUCUCAACCAUACAAGACGAUGUUAAACCCCAAUACGACAGCCCUUUGUACACGGAAAUCAACAUUCCUCUACCCCGUCUUCCCACACCUCACGCACUCCAGUCCUCAAACAACACAUCCACACAAUCACAAUCCCACUACAAACCACAACAACAAUCCCAAUCACAACCACAACCCCACCGCUCCCGCCCUCGCUCCCGAACCCUCUCCUCCCUCUCCCCCUUCCGCCGACCCCUCACAUCCCCAUCACCACCCGCCGCCGGCUCCGGCGCCCCCGCCACCGCCACCGAAGAACAAUGGCCCCGGAUCCGCAAAGAAGUAGUCAAAAGCAAAGAAAUCCACGCCAUGAUGGAUCUCACACAUCACGGCAAGAAGAAGAGCCGACGCGGGACAAUUGAUGCCCUCGCUGUCGUGCCCGCCGUCCUGGUUCUUUCGGCCGAGUUGUUUACGCCUGGGGACGGGCAAGGGGAGGGGCGCAGCGCGGGGAGGGGCGGAGCGGUUGGGAGAUGGAGGGAUGGGAUUAUUUGA